AUGGCGGACAAACAACCGCCCCCGGCUUCAGCUCCUACUGCCCCGUCGGCCGUCCGCGGCGCGUCGCUGCUUAUUGCACUGCAGGUCGCAUCCCGCGCAGCUACUUUCAUCGCCAACCAGCUGCUGCUCCGCUUCUUGACGGCACAGCUGCUCGGCGUGGCCACACAGCUCGAGGUUUACUACCUGAGCGUGCUCUUCUUUGCACGCGAGAGUUUGCGUGUAGCCAUUCAACGCCAGGGCGGGCGAGAGCAACCCCAAGAGGCCGCCAAGAGCCCCAAGGAGAACGCCUCCAAAAAGAGUGCCUCCAAAAAUGAGGACAAGACUUCCUCUUCCUCGCCGUCGCCCGCCUCCUCCCAGAGUGCCGUCAAUCUAGCCUACGUCUCCAUUUUGCUGGGAUCGCUUGUAGCCCUGCUGCUCGGCUGGCUCUACUUGGCAUCGAUUCACAAGACGACAGAUGAGGACGGCAACAUCCACGAAGAUCACGAGCACGGCCACCCAGCACGGUCGCUUGCAGAGACCACGCCGUUUCUCGUUCCUAGCCUGUACCUCUACGCCUUUGCGUCGGCCAUUGAGCUGCUGUCGGAGCCGGCUUUUGUCGUCUUGCAGUUGAGACUGCAGUUUGGUGCGCGUGCCGCCGCCGAAUCGGUUGCCACCGUGCUACGUUGUGCAACGACCUUGGGCGCUGCCGUGCUGGCCACGCGUUUGGGCGACGGCAGGGGCACUGCCGGACGUGGCAUCGUUCUCGGUGUCCUGCCCUUUGCGCUCGGCCAACUGGCCUACGGGGUCGGCCUGCUGGCGGUGUACGCUUGGCACGGCGCAUCCCUGGCGCGGCGCGACGGCUUCUCGCUGUUUCCCCGCCGGCUGACCGGCCAGUACGCUCUCCAGCUCUUUGACCGGCCGACCCUCCACCUGGCCUCCAGCAUGUCCGUCCAGAGCAUUGUCAAGCACGUGCUGACGCAGGGCGACACGUUCCUAGUCAGUGUGCUGUCGACCACCACGACCCAAGGCGUCUAUGCCUUGGCCAACAACUACGGCGGUCUGGCCGCGCGGCUGCUGUUCCAGCCCAUUGAAGAGAGCAGCCGGAGCUACUUUUCUCGCCUAUUGGCCGAGGACGACAAGGCGCACAACAAGGAGACAAGUAAGACCGCGCCCACGAAGAGGGCGGCCCGCGACCUCCAGACCCUGCUUAAGCUCUACCUGCUCUUCUCCCUUGUUGUGACGGCCAUUGGCCCCGCUGCCGCGGCGCCCUUCCUGGGGCUUGUCACCGGCCCGCGCUGGGCCAACUCGGGCGCUGCCGCUACUCUCGCGGCCUACGUGUGGUACAUUCCGCUACUAGCUAUCAAUGGCGUCGCAGAAGCUUUUGUGGCAUCGGUCGCAACCGAAGCCCAGGUCUACCGCCAAUCGGUGUGGAUGGGCGGCUUCUCGGCCGUGUUCGCAGCCGCUGGCUACAUCUGUCUGCGCGUGCUCGACGGCGGUGCUGUCGGCCUGGUCGCGGCCAACGGCAUCAACAUGGCGUGCCGCAUCGUCUGGUGUCUUGUAUUUAUUCGACGGUACUUUGCGGCACGUGGUAUCUCGUUUUUCGGCGACGCCACGUCCUCGCUCAUGCCGCACCCCUUCGCCGUGCUCGCAGCCGCGGUCACGAGCACGGCUGUCCGGCGGUUUGUGCCGGCCACGUUGUCCACAGGGCCUGUCGCUCAAAUUACACAGCUUAUCAAGAUUGCCGUCUUGGCCGUCCCAUUUCUCCUCACAGUGUAA